GGCAUCAAGGGACUGAUCUGUGUGUGCCAGAGAUUUAGCAGUGCACUGCAUGAAGCCUAUUACAUAAGAGCAUGCCUGAUCCAGCCUAGUGCAGUGCUGCUGCAGCCUUCAUGAAUGAGGGAGUCAGGGAUCUGCAGCAUACAGCCUCACAAGUCAUCAGCUCUUGUGGACUCCAGCACUUCCACCCACCCCCUUUUUUCCUCGUCUGCCUUGAGAUCAACGUGUGCUGCUGCUGCUGCUGGGGACACUCCUUCUCUCUGCCCAUGUAGGAGCUAUUCACCAGGCUGGACACCGCCUCCUCCUCUUCCAGCCAGACCCAGGCACUGCAAGGCACCUCUGAGACAGGGAAACCACAACCAGGGCUUGCAAUCCACCAUACAAGAAGACACUAUACACUAGACCCUGAUUUGCAGACACAACAUGGAGGUACCACGCCUGAGUCAACACAUCAGCAGCCCCAACAGCCCCUGUGAGGAAAUGAUCAAGAACCUGAGCCUGGAAUCUAUUCAGCUGUGCGAGAGGGACGGGAAUAAAUCUCAAGACAGUGGCAUUGCAGAGAUGGAGGAGCUGCCCGUCCCUCACAAUAUCAAGAUAAGUAAUAUCACAUGUGACUCCUUCAAGAUUUCAUGGGAUAUGGAUUCUAAAUCAAAGGAUCGGAUAACACACUAUUUUAUUGACCUAAAUAAGAAGGAGAACAAGAAUUCCAAUAAGUUUAAACAUAAGGAUGUACCCACUAAACUGGUAGCUAAAGCCGUACCAUUGCCAAUGACAGUCCGUGGACACUGGUUCCUGAGCCCAAGGACUGAGUACACUGUGGCUGUACAGACUGCAUCCAAACAGGUGGAUGGAGACUAUGUUGUAUCUGAGUGGAGUGAGAUCAUUGAGUUCUGCACAGCAGAUUAUUCAAAGGUACACCUAACACAACUGAUGGAGAAAGCUGAAGCAAUUGCAGGACGUAUGCUGACAUUUUCAGUUUUUUACCGUAACCAACAUAAAGAAUAUUUCGACUAUACAAAGACACAUCAUGGGAAUGUCAUGCAGCCCUCUCCAAAAGACAACAGUGGCAGCCAUGGCUCUCCAAUAAGUGCUAAACUGGAAGGAAUCUUUUUCAGCUGCAACACUGAGUUUAACACUGGCAAGCCACCACAAGAUUCACCGUAUGGAAGGCACAGGGUGGAGAUACCUGCUGAAAGACUCUUCAACCCGAACACUAACUUGUACUUUGGGGAUUUUUACUGUAUGUACACGGCUUAUCACUACGUCAUUGUGGUUAUUGCUCCAGUGGGAUCUCCAGGAGAUGAGUUUUGCAAGCAGCGCCUUCCCCAACUGAGCCUGAGCGACAACAAAUUUUUGACCUGCACCGAAGAGAAGGGAAGCCUUGUAUUUCGCCAUGCCCAAGAUGUAAUCUUGGAAGUCAUUUACACUGACCCUGUGGAUCUUUCUUGGGGCACAGUGGCAGAAAUCAUUGGUCAUCAGCUCAUGAGCUUGUCUACUGCCAACGCAAAAAAAGAUCCCAGCUGCAAGACCUGCAACAUCAGUGUGGGACGUUAAAUGCCCUCUCGGCCAACCGUACAGCAGUUAACCCUCCCUCUUCAUUCUUACCAGACAUUUUGUCCGGAAGCAUGCAAAAAUGCAGCUGUCACCAAAAGCAUACACUGAAAUUAGAACUCCUUAACCCCUUCGCUGCCUGAUGAAGCCUGCAAGGCAUUGCUUGGCAUUGCACUGUAGUUCCUCGCGCAGCAAAGGAUUUAAAUAGCUUUUUUAAAACUUUUUUUAUUAUUUGUGAAGUUGAUGCUGCUCUUAACCACUACAAACCAUUCUGUUCUUUGCCAACUGUUAAAAUCUAGAUGUUGCAAAUGUUUAUAUAUAUUUUUUUUGUUGUUGUUCAUUUGCUGUUUCUAUUCUGUUUGUUUGCCAAACAUAACAAAACUAUAUGUAGACUGCUUUAGCAAGGUAAAACUACCAAUUAUGGCUUUAUUGGGGUGUCUAAAUAGCAAAUAUUUUAAGUUACUAAAACUAUUGGGAACUAAACAUAAAAAAACAGCAUGAAAAGUUGUAAUUUCAGCAUGAUUGAGCUCUCCAAGCCUCGAAACGUCAGCACUUCCAAUGUCGCUCGACAAAUGUUAAAUGUUAAGAUACUAGCUAACAGGAAACAAAUACUGUAUUCCACCAUCAUGAAUAUGAUAGAAAAAUAUUUUAUUUGUACCGUUGUAUAAAAUAUUUACAAAUCAUAUAGAAUAUAUAGAGCACAUUUUAUUAGCAAGUGUAUACAUGUCAUAAACCAUUUUUCCCUUAUCAAAGAUGUAGACUGUAAACUUCAUCAAGUCGUGUAUACGUUCCUGUUAUUCUUGCUUCAAAGAUUUUAAUUAAAAACAGAACUGAAGUCA